AUGAGAGAAAAAGCGAUCUUAACGUGUCUACUAAUAGUGGGCCUCUGUGCUGGCCUUCUAGAAGCUGUGGAUAUUUGCCAUCGGGAAUUGGAUGGCACCCUUUUGCCAGACCCCUUGGAUUGUCGACAAUAUUUAAUCUGCAAUGGCGGAUCGAUUUCCCAUAUUAUGACCUGUCCCAUGGGUCUGCAUUUCAAUCGGCAACUCUUGAUUUGUGAUCUACAGGAACAUGCCGGCUGUGUGACAUUGAGUGGUACCCAGAACACCGCUGCCAAUGGUGAGCACACAGGACCCUCGGGUACCACUUGCCUGAACAACGGCAAGUGUGAUGGUAUGCCCGAUGGUACCCUAUUUGCCGAUCCCAAUUCCAAUGGCUACAUUGUGUGUCAGUGUGAAUGUGAAAUUGCCAUGCCCUGUGCCCCGGGCACCGCCUUUAAUGAGGAUUUACAAACAUGUGAACACAUUGGUGGUCCAUCACCGGGUGGUCAGACAUGUCCGAGCAGCGAUACAGGUCUGUGUGUGGGAAAACCAGAUGGUUCUCUACUUCCCGAUCCAAAUUCGAAUGGUUAUAUUCAAUGUGUGUAUGGCUGUGAACAGAUAAUGGCAUGUCCGUCGGGUACCGCCUUCGAUGAGAAUACCUUGAGGUGUGAAGAGGAGCAGGGACCGGGUGAGAAAUGUUCGGCUACAGAUACUGGUAAAUGUGUGGGUAAACCUAAUGGUGUUCUAAUUGCGGGUAACUCUCCCAAUGGCUAUGUGGAAUGUGUCAAUGGAUGUGAAGUGGCAAGGAGCUGUCCAGUGGGUACGGAAUUUAAUGAAGAUACGCAAAAAUGUGAAGCAACAACCCCCGGCCCCGGCCCCGGCCCAUCGUGCCCUGCUUCAGAUACUGGUAAAUGUGUGGGCAAACCCAAUGGUACCCUGCUACCCGGUAGCAAUUCUAACGGCUACGUAGAAUGUGUUGAUGGCUGUGAAGUAGCGAGGAGCUGUCCAGCGGGUACAGAAUUUAACGAAGAUACGCAAAAAUGUGAAUCAACAACUCCAACUCCAGGACCCUCGUGUUCUGCCUCAGAUACUGGAAAAUGUGUGGGUAAACCCAACGGUACCCUGCUUCCCAGUAGUAAUUCCAAUGGCUACGUAGAAUGUGUCGAUGGCUGUGAAGUACCGAAGACAUGCCCAACUGGAACCGAAUUUAACGAAGUUACGCAAAAAUGUGAAUCAACAACACCAACUCCAGGACCCUCAUGUUCCGCUUCGGAUACCGGAAAAUGUGUUGGCAAACCCAAUGGUACCCUGCUACCCGGUAGCAAUUCUAACGGCUACGUAGAAUGUGUUGAUGGCUGUGAAGUAUCCAGGACCUGUCCAACGGGUACCGAAUUUAACGAAGUUACGCAAAAAUGUGAAACUCCAGGACCCUCGUGCCCUCCUACAGAUACUGGUAAAUGUGUGGGUAAACCCAAUGGUACCUUACUUCCUGGCAACUCCCCGAACGACUACGUGGAAUGUGUCGAUGGUUGUGAAGUGGCAGGAACAUGUCCAACAGGAUCAGAAUUUAAUGAGGAGUUACAAAAAUGUCAACCAACAACGCCAACCCCUGGACCUUCUUGCCCUUCUUCAGACACCGGCGAAUGUAUAGGAAUGCCCAAUGGUACCUUGCUUCCAGGAAGCACCUCGAACGGCUACGUGGAAUGUGUCGAUGGUUGUGAGGUACCCAAGACCUGUCCAUCGGGUUCGGAAUUCAACGAAGUUACGCAAAAGUGUGAAACUACAACUCCAAAUCCUGGCCCAUCGUGCCCUGCCUCAGAUACCGGCAAAUGUGUAGGAAAACCUAAUGGAACCUUGCUUCCCGGUAGCAAUUCGAACGGCUACAUAGAAUGUGUUGAUGGCUGUGAAGUACUCCAAACCUGCCCAGCGGGAUCCGAAUUUAACGAAGACACACAAAAAUGUGAAUCAACAACGCCAAACCCUGGACCCUCUUGCCCUGCUACAGAUACUGGUAAAUGUGUUGGUAAACCCAAUGGAACCUUGCUUCCCGGUAGCAAUUCCAACGGCUACAUAGAAUGUGUCGAUGGCUGUGAAGUACCCGAAACCUGCCCAGCGGGAUCUGAAUUUAAUGAAGAUACACAAAAAUGUGAAACAACAACGCCAAACCCUGGACCCUCGUGCCCUGCUACAGAUACUGAUAAAUGUGUAGGUAAACCGAAUGGCACCUUACUUCCGGGUAGCAAUUCCAACGGCUACAUAGAAUGUGUCGAUGGCUGUGAAGUACCCAAGAAAUGUCCAGCGGGAUCUGAAUUUAAUGAAGACACACAAAAAUGUGAAACAACAACGCCAAACCCUGGACCCUCAUGUUCCGCUACAGAUACCGGCAAAUGUGUAGGAAAACCUAAUGGAACCCUGCUUCCCGGUAGCAAUUCCAACGGCUACAUAGAAUGUGUGGAUGGCUGUGAAGUACCCGAAACCUGCCCAGCGGGAUCCGAAUUUAAUGAAGAUACACAAAAAUGUGAAACAACAACGCCAAACCCUGGACCCUCAUGUUCCGCUACAGAUACCGGCAAAUGUUUAGGAAAACCUAAUGGAACCUUGCUUCCCGGUAGCAAUUCCAACGGCUACAUAGAAUGUGUGGAUGGCUGUGAAGUACCCAAGACCUGCCCAUCGGGUUCGGAAUUUAAUGAAGACACACAAGAAUGUGAAACAACAACGCCAAACCCUGGACCCUCAUGUUCCGCUACAGAUACCGGCAAAUGUGUAGGAAAGCCUAAUGGAACCUUGCUCCCCGGUAGCAAUUCCAAUGGCUACAUAGAAUGCGUCGAUGGCUGUGAAGUACCCAAGACAUGUCCAGCGGGAUCCGAAUUUAAUGAAGACACACAAGAAUGUGAAACAACAACGCCAAACCCUGGACCCUCAUGUUCCGCUACAGAUACCGGCAAAUGUGUAGGAAAGCCUAAUGGAACCUUGCUCCCCGGUAGCAAUUCCAAUGGCUACAUAGAAUGCGUCGAUGGCUGUGAAGUACCUAAGACCUGCCCAUCUGGUUCGGAAUUUAACGAAGUUACACAAAAAUGUGAAACAACAACGCCAAACCCUGGCCCAUCGUGUUCCUCUUCCGAUACUGGUCGCUGUGUGGGUAAACCCGAUGGUACCCUAUUAAAGGAUGGCACCGGUUAUAUUGAGUGUCAAGAUGGCUGUGAAAAGCGAAUGGUAUGCCCACCGGGAACGGCUUUCAAUGAGCAAACCCAAUGUUGCUGUGGCGAAGGAGAACCCGCUCCAUCGCCUGGCCCAUCUCCAUCGCCUGGCCCAGCGCCUGGUCCAUCUCCAUCACCAGCACCUGGCCCAUCUCCCUCACCAGCACCUGGCCCAUCUCCAUCACCAGGCCCAGCACCUGGCCCAUCGCCUUCUCCAACCCCUGGCGAUUGCUCAGAUACUGGUCGUUGCGCCGGAAUCCCGGAUGGCACAAUGCUAGCGGAUCCAAAUUCAACGGGUUAUAUUGUCUGCGUUCAUGGAUGUGCAUAUGAAAUGCCUUGUGCUCCCGGUACGGCCUACAAUGCUGAUAAACAGAUUUGUGAUCAUAUCGGCAAUGGAAAUGGUGGCGGAAGUGGUACUGAAGGUGGAAAUGGUGGCGGAAGUGGUACUGAAGGUGGUAAUGGUGGCGGUUCUGGCGGCGGUACUGAAGGUGGAAAUGGUGGCGGUUCUGGCGGCGGUACUGAAGGUACUGAUGGUGGCUGCAAUGGCGGUGGUACCGGUGGCGAAAAUGGUGGCGGUACCGGUGGCGAAAAUGGUGGCGGUACUGGCGGAGGUAAUGGUGGCGGUACAGGCGGAGGUAACGGUGGUGGUACCGGUGGCGGUACUGGCGGUGAAAAUGGUGGCAGUACCGGCGGAGGUAAUGGUGGCGGUACUGGCGGAGGUAAUGGUGGCGAUAACGGUACCGGUGGAGAAAAUGGUGGCGGUACUGGAGGCGGUACCGGUGGAGAAAAUGGUGGUGGAACCGGCGGAGGUAGUGGUGGCGGUACUGGCGGUGGUAAUGGCGGAGAAAAUGGAGGCGGUUCCCCAGGUCAAUGUUCUGAUGCCAAUCGUUGUGUCGGAGUACCCGAUGGAUCUAUGCUUGCGGAUCCAAACUCUACUGGUUAUAUUGUCUGCGUCCAUGGAUGUGAAUAUUUAAUGCCUUGUCCUACUGGAACAGCCUUCAAUGAGGAAAAGCAAAUUUGCGAUCAUAUUGGUAAUGGUGGCGGUUCUGGUGGUAAUGGUGGCGAUAAUGGAAGCGGUACUGGCGAAGGUAAUGGAGGCGAUAAUGGCGGUGGUACUGGCGGAGGUAAUGGAGGCGGUUCUGGUGGCGAAAAUGGAAGCGGUACUGGCGGAGGUAGUGGAGGCGGUACUGGCGGAGGUAAUGGUGGUGAUAAUGGCGGUGGUACUGGCGGAGGUAAUGGAGGCGGCACCGGCGGAGGAAAUGGUGGCGGUACUGGCGGAGGAAAUGGAGGCGGUACCGGUGGCGAUAAUGGCGGUAGUACUGGCGGAGGUAAUGGAGGCGGUACCGGCGGAGGAAAUGGUGGCGAAACCGGCGGAGAAAACGGUGGCGGUACCGGCGGAGGUAACGGUGGCGAUAAUGGCGGUAGUACUGGCGGAGGAAGUGGUGGCGGUUCUGGCGGAGAAACUGGUGGCGGCACCGGUGGUGGUAAUGGUGGUUCUGGUGGCGGUUCCAGCGGUGGCAAUGGCGGUGAAAACGGUGGUGUCAACUGCUCCGAUGCCGGUCGUUGUGUUGGAAAACCCGAUGGAACUAUGCUGGCGGAUCCAAAUUCAACUGGAUAUAUCGUGUGUGUCCAUGGAUGUGAAUAUGCAAUGCCUUGUGCUCCCGGAACGGCCUACAAUGAACAGUGGCAGGUAUGUGAUCAUAUCUCGAAUGGUGGCGGUUCCGAAGGUUCCGGCGGAGGUAAUGGCGGUGGAAAUGGUGGCGGUACUGGCGGUGCUGGCGGUGGAAAUGGUGGCGGUACUGGCGGUGGUACCGGCGGAGAUAAUGGUGGCGGCACUGGCGGUGGAAAUGGUGGCGGUUCCGGAAACGGAGGCGGUACUGGUGGUGACAGCGGCUCUGGCGGCGGAAAUGGUGGCGGCAGCGGUUCUGGCAGUGGUAGUGGCGGCGAUGGUCCCUCCACCGGUCCCUCGGGCACCACAUGCUACAACGGCGGUCGCUGUACCGGCCAACCGGACGGCACUCUGUUCGCCAAUCCCAGCACUAACGGUUAUAUUGUGUGUCAGUGUGAGUGUGAAAUUGCAAUGUUGUGUUCGCCAGGUACGGCAUUCAAUGAAACAUUGCAGACCUGUGAUCACCUGCAAUCGUAA